UCAUCUUUUUCUGAUUGAUGGGGUGGUGGGGUUUGGUUUGCUGUGAAAAAGAUAAAAAAUUUCAGUAAAUUCCAAAUUUUGAUUCUUGGGUUUUGUUUAUAAUUAUUUGUAUAUAUGUGUACUAGUGUUAUUUCUCUUGAUUCUUGAAUUUGUGGCUGAGAAAGUACCCCUUGAGCUGGGAGGUGUUGAGGUUCUUUUUCCUACUGAUGUUGUGAAUUGUCUCUUUUGUAGCAUUUUUUAUCAACAAGGAAACAGAGUAAUUGGAUCAGUGUUUGUGACUUUGUUCUGCUAUUUGGAAGAACAGAAAAGGAGAAGCUUACACAGUCAGGGAAAAUGGUGAUGAGAACCGUGGAUCUUCGCUCGGACACAGUCACUAAACCAACUGAAGCCAUGCGGAACGCAAUGGCCAACGCUGAAGUGGAUGACGAUGUAUUGGGUUAUGAUCCAACUGCCCAACGCCUUGAAGCCGAGAUCGCAAGGAUAAUGGGCAAAGAAGCAGGGCUAUUUGUUCCUUCAGGCACUAUGGGCAACCUUAUCAGUGUGCUGACUCAUUGCCAAAUUAGAGGCAGUGAAAUUAUUCUUGGUGAUUAUUCACAUAUCCAUAUUUAUGAAAAUGGAGGCAUUGCCACUCUCGGAGGUGUUCAUCCGAGGACAGUGAAGAACAAUGAAGAUGGAACAAUGGAUCUUGAUUUAAUUGAAGCUGCAAUUCGAGAUCCUAGCUUUGAGAUAUGUUACCCGACCACUAGGCUGAUCUGCUUGGAGAAUUCACAUGCACACUCAGGAGGCAGAUGCCUUUCUGCAGAGUAUACAGACAAAGUCGGAGAGCUAGCAAAGAAGUAUGGUCUGAAGCUUCACAUUGAUGGAGCUCGUAUAUUCAAUGCAUCAGUUGCACUUGGAGUGCCUGUUCAUAGACUUGUACGUGCUGCUGAUUCAGUUUCGGUAUGCUUAUCAAAAGGUCUUGGUGCUCCAGUUGGGUCUGUGGUUGUUGGUUCAAAGAGCUUCAUUGCCAAGGCAAAAAUUCUGAGGAAGACUCUAGGCGGUGGAAUGAGGCAGGUUGGUGUCCUUUGUGCUGCUGCUUUUAUCGGUUUCCAAGAGAAUCUUGUUAAGCUGGAAGGAGAUCACAAAAAGGCUAAGAUUUUGGCUGAGGAACUAAACAAAAUCAAAGGGCUGAAAGUUGAUAUUGCUGCCGUAGAGACUAACAUUGUAUAUUGCGAUAUACUGAAGGGGUCAAAGAUCAGCGAAACAGAGAUGUGCAAGAUUUUGGAGCAACAUGGUUUACUUAUACUACCAGAAGGCCUAAUGAGAAUCAGAUUUGUUAUUCAUCACCAGAUUUCAGAAAAUGAUGUGCACUAUGCGGUAUCUUGUGUUCAGCGAGCUUUAGCAGGAGUGGCCGAAGAAAAUGGUGACAAGUAACAGUUUAUGACCGGUUACUGACAUGAUCGAUCCCCAUCUUUAAGAAGAUAUUCCAAUUUCUGUGGCAUCAAAACCUUUAUCAUGUUCAUAUGUUAGCUCUUCCAAAUGCUAUAUGGAAGGCCAGUUUCAUUUGAAAAUUUAGUCAAUCUUUUAGUCUACAUUUCAUGUCCUUUUAGUGAUCAAAGACUUGGAUAUAUUUUCAUAUCUUGUGGUUGGACUAAUUUCAAUACUUAUACUUGAUUUAGUAAGAGCUAAAUGUGGAUCACAUACUGCUGCAAUGCUAAUGGACAAACUUCUUCACCUUCCAAAUCUUUA